AUGGAGUUGUCUUCGGUCUACCAGAACACCUCGGCGACGUUUGGCUCUUUGCCAGUGGCCUACAAGCUCUUAUGUACUGUCCUGGUGAUUUUUGCUUUCAGUAAAGCAUUCUCUGGGGCUGAGAGGAAGGGGUAUAAGAAGAAUCUGCCGAGAUAUGCUCCCAUUGAACUUGCGAUUGCGAGUUAUAUCCUUAGUGGAGAUGGCAUAGGACAUCAGAUCUUUGUCGACUUGCCCGGCGUAGAACGUCUUUUGGCCCAAUCUCAUCACACUUUCAACUCUGACCCGGCACAGUACUCACUCUGUACCCUUGUCUUUGGUAGCACUGAUACCCCAGAUCUAAGAGUCAAAUUCGAUACAUCACUGAAAGAUCUUGUUCCUCCUCUUGAGCGGACUUUUCUGAAUGAUGCCGCUUCCACAGCCAAUGUUGAAAAGUCUCGUGUAGCGGAACGAGGUGCUUCACUUGUCACGUUCUCUUCUAAUCCUAAAGAUAUGGCACGAUGGGAGCUUUCAGCAGGAAUCAAGGUACUUCAGCCAGAGACAUCUGAUAGUCCGGGGAAAGUCGAAGCAAACCUGCAGAGUUUGACUCGAGAUUUUGGAGCAUGCAUGUCUGUUCCUCUUAUUUAUGGCCAAGACAUACUCGAUCGGAAUCCUCGGCUGCUAGAUGACUUCUGGACCUUCGAUAAUGAUCUAUUUCCACUACUCAUGGUUGGCGUUCCUAAGUGGGCUCCCUUCAGAAUGAUGCAAGAUGGUCUCAAGGCCAGAGCCAGAAUCAUCGAUAGUUUGGAGGCAGUAUACAGACGCGUCGACCAGUACGAGAAAGGAGAGCCAGUUGAUUUUAGCGCCGAUAUGUCAGAUGUUAGUAUGAUGCUACGAGAACGAAACAAGAUAUACAACAGAGACGGGUGGACAUUUCCCGAACGUGCUGCAGCGGAUCUUGGUACUUUUUGGGGUCUCAACGCCAACGCCCAGCCUGUGCUGUUCUGGUUCUUGCUCUACGUUUAUUCGACUCCAGGCUUGCUUAAACGAAUCAGAGACGAGAUCUCCCCCUAUAUCACUUUAUCCGAUGGCGAGAAACCUGAGAUCAAGUCGAUGGACUUUCCAAGUUUGUUCCGGAAGUGUCAGCUCUUCAAGGCUUGUAUAUUUGAGACAUAUCGGUUGGUUAACGAACCAACAUCCAUUCGCUACGUCACUCAACCUGUCAGUCUCAACGAUGGCGAUCAUAAACAUGACCUUCAAGAAGGAACAUACAUUAGCGUUCCUCUCGCGCUGAAGAAUAAGAACCCUUCGAUAUAUAAGGACCCUGACACUUUCAUCCCUGAUCGUUUUCUUGAUACAGACCCCGAAACGGGAAAAGCUACGGCACGAUACGGAAAGUUGAAGCCCUGGGGUCUUGGAGCUGCCAUGUGCAAAGGCCGAACAUUUGCAGAGAAAGAGAUCAUUUCUCUUGGGUCAGCUAUAGUUAGUCUCUGGGAUAUCAGUCCUGCAGACGGGGAGUGGAAGUUGCCUGUUAUGAUCCCAGGAACUGGAGUCAAGAGACCGGUCAGUGACAUUCGUGUGGUUAUAAGCCGCAGAAGCCCUUUCAAGUCAUAA